GUGAAUAACAAAUGAUGUGAUUAGCAGUGUGUGGAAGAGCAUUCAUCACUGAGAAAAGUCACGUGUAACAACAAUUUAAGAGAAACAAUGAACGUACCUGUGUAUAUCUAAUCUAUCACACGAUUGAUGCUGAUAUCGUGAAAAGAAUUUGUCGUGUUUAUCACGGUGAUAUGUCCGAGUAGAAUUGGUGUUGAGCAAGUUGAACGAAAAAGAUCCUGGUCGAAAUGGCAGCGAAUCACACGUGGGAAACCGAAAAUGCGGCAGCAACAUGCUCCGGCGCCGACGAAAGCACGCCACUUCUGUCAGCGAGUGAUCAAACCAGCAUGGCUGACAAGAUCGUUGGCGUUUCUCAGCAAACCCUGGUUUCCACGGACGGCCAGCUGUCGAGCCAUGGGAAGAAGCUGCCGCAGUAUCUGGCUGGUCUCGCAGCAACCCUCGGCGCUCUCGCUGCUGGUAUGGUACUCGGCUGGUCGUCUCCGGCCGGUCAAGACGGCAAGAACCUGAUAGAGCAGUAUAAUAUACCGAUGAUCCCGGAGGAGUUCUCUUGGGUAGGAUCAUUGGCUACUCUCGGAGCUGGAGCGAUGUGUGUACCUAUCGGUAUACUAGCUGACCUGAUAGGCAGGCGGACAUCGAUGCUGCUGAUGGUGGUCCCCUUCUGCGUCGGCUGGCUCCUGAUCAUCUUCGCCAACACGGUGGGAAUGUUCUACGCCGGUAGAUUCAUUACCGGCGUAAGCAGCGGCGCGUUCUGCGUGGCCGCGCCAUUGUAUACCGCCGAGAUAGCCGAGAGUGAGAUUCGCGGCGCCCUCGGCUCGUUCUUCCAGCUGCUGCUCACCAUAGGCAUCCUGCUGACUUACGUUUUCGGCAGCUUUGUCAGCAUGCGGGUGUUGUCGAUCAUCUCAGCUGUGGUGCCUCUCAUCUUCUUCGGCGUGUUCUUCUUCAUGCCGGAGACCCCGUUCUAUUACAUGAAGAAGGGCAACGAGGACGCUGCCAGGAAGAGCCUGAUGAGAUUGCGCGGCCUUUACUACGACAUCGAGAGCGAAGUGCAGAUGCUGCGCGAAUCGAUUGAGGAGACGAGGCGCAACAAAGUGUCCUUCACCGUCGCGAUCCAAUCGAGGGCGGCGAAGAAGGGCCUCGUGAUCGCUUUCGGGUUGAUGCUGUUCCAGCAGAUGAGCGGCGUAAACGCCAUCAUUUUCUACGCUUCCGAUAUCUUCGAGGAAUCCGGCACAGCCAUCAAGCCCAACGUGGCCACUAUCAUCGUCGGUGUGGUGCAGGUGGUCGCCGUUUUCGCCAGCACCUUGUUUGUCGAUCGACUCGGCAGGCGGAUACUACUGUUGUCGUCGAUCGUGACGCUGCUGGUAGCGACUUUAGUUAUGGGGAUUUACUUCUACUGUAAACACAACACCGAUGUCUUCAACGGCAUCGAGUGGUUUGCGAUCAUCCCGCUGUGCCUUUUCCUAAUCAUGUUCAACUUCGGCUUCGGGCCGCUCCCGUGGAUGAUGAUGGCCGAAAUCUUCGCGCCGGAGGUGAAGGGAAUAGCUGCAAGCAGUGCCUGUCUUUCCAACUGGCUCAUGGCUUUUGUGGUGACGAAAUUUUACGUCAACAUGAAGCACGCCGUGGAACCAUACGGUACUUUCUGGAUAUUCUCCGCUUUCUGCGCCAUCGGUAUCUUCUUCGUUUACUUCUUGGUGCCCGAAACCAAGGGCAAGACGUUGGAUGAGAUACAGAGAGAAUUGAAUCAGGGCUGAUUAGGUGCUGGAGAAGCUGCGGCUCCCCGAUGAAGAAUCGAUUGUGUACAUGUACAUAAUGUACGUAGUACUUAAUGCUCUCCUGUUUCCUCGCCUCAUGGUCAUCUUCAUUAAUCGAUGUCAGAAGAAAUAUACAAUGUGAAAAUAUAA